UUCCAGUAUUGUCAAGGCUUUGGCUGGAAGGGCGUGUUCUCUGCAGGGGCUGACCACUGGGGCUGAAAUGGAAGGACAAACACUCCCCCACUUCCCAGUCCUAACCUUCUGCUUAGUCCCCUCCCGCUGCCCCAGCUCAUAAAGGAGCUGGAGCAUCUUGGUACGGCAAAGAGAAGCUGCACCUCCCUCUGCACCGGGAUGAUGGAAGACUUCGCACACGGAAGCAAGGGUUCCCCUGGGUCUCGCACACACCUAGAUUCCCAGCUAGGCAGGCGCUCUGGAAGGUCAAGGCAGGUGGGAGUCCCGGCAGGUCGUGCCUUCACCUGAGAAGGGUUUUCACGUGCAAAGUGGAGGGACCCUUUGUAACAAACCAAAGGCAGGCCGCUCUCCACCCUGAGCCGCCCGGAAGAGGAGCUUCUCAGAAGCACAGGGCUCGCUGUGCCUCAGGUGCAGCCUGGCUCAGCUUAGCACGGGAUCAGGGCCCGGCCCUGCCUGCUGGCGUUGCUCUUCACCACGAGCGCUGUGCGUGGGAGCUCGGCCCACCCUUCACUUAACAACCUCCGAGCUCCUGCCCUGUGGCAGCCUGACCUGGGCCCUGGGGACAAGCUGUGAGCAGCACGGCCCCUCCUGCCCCCCUGAGCCUCCGAGAACGCAGGGGGUGCCGAGGCAGGUUCGGUGCCUGAUCCUCCCUGCGCUGACCUCGCCAGCCUGACCCAGCCCACCCUGACCUGCAGACAGUCACGCACAUGUGUUUACACUUGCAUUGUUGACUGGGGUCCAGUUGCCUUUUUGGCAAAGGCAUCAAGCAUCCAAAGAUGUUCAGAUCUUUUGUAUUUGGCUCCUUCCCUCUGCACGGAUAUACCUUGGAAUGAGACUCCAGUGUGUCCCUUGAUCCCCUCAGCCGUUGUCUGAGGGCCGAGAAUCCCGCUGCUGUGCCUCUCAGAUCGUUCCCCUGGGGAGGAGAGAGACCUCAGGAGCAGUGAGCUGUGGAAGCAACCCCAGCUGGCUACCGACAAAAGAGAUGAGGCGUUCUUGACCUUCUCGUAGGCUGUCAGAUGGCCUUGAGCUGGGAGAGCAGAAGACUCAAGCUCCCACCCCGACACACUUCUCCGCUUCCAGCGUGAGACCCCGAGUUUCUCCUCAGCCAGUUGGAAACCUGCGGUCCUUCUCUGUGCAAGUCCCAGCAGUGGCAGCCCGGGAGACCAGGUGUUCCCUGACAUCCCACACAGCACGCUGGGGAUUGCGCAAGAGAGCGAGGGGAGCCUGGCCCUCGCCUCCCCUCUCGCCCACGCCGCCCAGGGUACCUGCUCUCUGCUCUUGGUCUUCAGGAGAGCUGGACCCUGGCCAAGCCAUCCUUAAUUUCAACUUCAUCUUUUCGGCAGAAAAGAUACUCGUGCGACGUAAAGACUCAGCUCAGCUGUCACAUCCUACAAAGUGGAAAGAGACUUUGAAAGGGAGUAUGGAAAACUCCAGCAGCUGGAGGAGCAGACCAAGCGGCUGCAGAAGGACAUGAAGAAGAGCACGGACGCCGACCUGGCCAUGUCCAAGUCCGCUGUGAAGAUAUCCUUGGACUUGCUCUCCAAUCCCCUCUGCGAGCAAGACCAGGACUUUCUGAACAUGGUGACAGCCCUGGACACGGCCAUGAAGCGGAUGGACGCCUUCAACCAGGAAAAGGUGAACCAGAUACAAAAGACUGUGAUUGAACCCUUAAAAAAGUUUGGCAGUGUCUUCCCGAGCCUCAACAUGGCGGUGAAACGGCGGGAGCAGGCCUUGCAGGACUACAGGAGGUUGCAGGCCAAGGUGGAGAAGUACGAGGAGAAGGAGAAGACAGGGCCGGUGCUGGCCAAACUCCACCAGGCCCGAGAAGAGCUUCGGCCCGUGCGGGAUGACUUUGAGGCCAAGAACAAGCAGCUCCUGGAUGAGAUGCCGCGGUUCUACAACAGCCGACUGGACUACUUCCAGCCCAGCUUUGAGUCCCUGAUCCGAGCACAGGUAAGGCCGCCGCCAUCCCGCAUGAUGGCCCAACACUUCUUCCCUCGGGAGGCAGUCGCGGGCUUUGGAGACCCAUCUCGUGCCAGCCCCGCCCUGCUCCCCACACCGGAAGCGGGGCUCAGCCACUCUCUGCCCCCAGCCCUGCCCCUGAGGGAGGAAUGCGGGGCACCCCCGCCUGUUGGCUGGAAUGACUGUUUCGGUCCCUCCGUUGCUCUUUGGUUAAUCCCAACUUUCACACGAGGUCCCUUGUCGUCCAAGAGUUCUUCGCUGAAGUUCUCUCUCUCCACGAGCAGCAAGAGGAAACCAGGCCGCACCGCCAGCGCCUCACCCUGGUGGGGCAGGUCGCUUGCCUGGUGGGCCCAGGUCAGGGACAGGGGCCACAGGUGAAGGCCUUUUUCCGAGGACCCUGCACCCGCUCCCCUCCCUAGUUAGUCCUUCUCUUUUGGUGGAAGACUAGGGGGUGUCUUGACUCUUAGCAACCCUUGGAGGGGCCCCUAAACCCCAGCGAGAGCCAUGCUCAGGGCCCCCGCCUGGGCGCCAGGCCGUGGGGCAUCUUCCAGUGGAAAGGCAGGCCCGCUUGGGUUGGGCGCGGGUGGACGUGCACCGCGGUAGCACCGGGGCCGAGACCCCAUGCCUCCUGCUACUCAGGGGUGUAAAGACAGAGUGUGGCUCCUGCCCUCCUUCCCCUUCCCCCACGUUCUUCAAGCCCUUAGCAGGGAGCAUUCUCCCCAUCUGUAAAAGAGAAAAGGUUGAGGUGCCAAAACCAAGAGGUCUUCUCCACGUGGGACCCCCCCCCCUGA